UGUUUUUGUUUUGAAUAUGUUUAAAGCGACGACGGUGAGAUAGAUGCAAUGUUUAUUUCGUUGCAACGAACUCAAAACUCAAAAAGUGUUUGUUUGAAUUAUUUAAGUGUAUUUAAUAUUUAUUCGUUAACAACUUUAUCAUGGAUUGUUUUAAGCAGCUUUAUUAUUUUAUUCCUUCAAAUCACGACAGAUGCUGCAGGGAUCAAAUCACCACCACUAAUAAUAGCAUUACGUUCAGAGAUAAGACUGGUAAAUGCAUCCAGGAAAACCACAUUAGUCAAAAAUUUAUUAGAAACUACCGCACUCGACAUCGACUAUGUACGACAGCGCCUUUGUUGGGCUGAUCAUAGUGCUGAAGCCAUUCAGUGUGUUCAUUUUAAUGGUACACAAGUUUCUGGUCAUAUACAAAAUAUUAGUGCCAGAGCAGGACCAAUAUCUGCAGAAGGUCUUGCUAUCGAUUGGUAUACGGGUAAUUUAUAUUGGACAGAUGGUGAAUCCGAUACUAUUGAAGUAGCAAAUUCAAAUGGAUCAUAUCGUAAAGUUUUAUAUUGGACAGAUAUUGAUCAACCGCGUGCCAUAGUCCUAGUUCCUAUGAAAAGUUUAUUAUUUUGGACGGAUUGGGGUGAAGUACCAAAAAUAGAACGUGCCUCAAUGAAUGGUAAUCAAACAACACGACAAGUAAUUGUUUCCGAAAAUAUUUACUGGCCAAAUGGUAUGACAGUUGAUUACGAAACAGAACAAAUUUAUUGGUUAGAUGGUAAAUAUCGUUUUAUUGCCGUUAUGGAUUACGAUGGUAAAAAUCGAAAAACAUUGAUUAGUGAUAAAAUAUUUUAUCCAUUUGGUGUAACAUACUACGAUAAUUCUGUAUAUUGGACCGACUGGUCAUCAUGGUCUGUACAUAUCGUACAAAAUGUAUCAAAUCCUGUGGGUCGUGAAGUGUUUCACUGUGAUAAUGCUCCAAUGGCAAUACAUGUAUGGUCACAGCGAGGACAACCUAAAGGAUCUUCUCCUUGUCAAACGAAUAAUGGAGGGUGCUCACAUUUAUGUUUACUAUCAGCUGAGCCACCAUAUUAUAAUUGUGCAUGCCCUACUGGGAUUUUGUUAAAAGAUCAAUACACUUGUUACGAAGAAGCUCAAAAUAUACUAUUAUUUGCUCAACGAACAUUUAAUAGUCGAAUAUCCUUGGAUACUCCCGAUUAUACGGCAUUUGUAAUACCGUUGAAAGAAACCAAACAUACGAUUGCCUUAGACUUUGAUCCAGUUGAUAAUUUUUUAUAUUGGACGGAUGAUGAAUUGAAGGCUAUUCGUCGAGCAAAAUUGGACGGAAGCGAAGAGCAAGAUAUUGUAAUUACGGAAGUAAAUCAUCCAGAUGGCAUUGCAGUUGAUUGGAUCGCUCGAAAUAUUUAUUGGACUGAUAGUGGAUAUGAUCGAAUUGAAGUGGCAAGAUUAAAUGGAUCUUCCAGAAAAGUUAUUAUUAACGAAGCACUUUCUGAACCACGUGCAAUUGUUGUUGCACCAGUUCAUGGUUGGCUAUUUUGGACAGAUUGGGCAGAGAAAAAUCCAAAAAUUGAACGAUCUUCUUUGGAUGGUUCUGAGCGAAUUGUUAUUGUGUCUACAGAUUUGGGUUGGCCAAAUGGGUUAGCAUUAGAUUUAGUUAGUUCAAAAGUAUAUUGGGGAGAUGCGAAUAAAGACAAAAUCGAAGUUGUAAAUAUGGAUGGAACAGAUCGAAGAGUUGUAACAAAUGAUAAUUUACCUCAUAUGUUUGGACUAAGUUUAUUAGGCGAUUAUUUAUAUUGGACAGAUUGGCAACGAAGAAGUAUAGAUCGUGUACACAAAGUUACUGGAAAAGAUCGUGAAGUAAUUUCAGAGCCAUUACCAAAUAUUAUGGGCGUAAAAGCUGUACAUUUAGGAAAACCAAAUGGAACAAAUCCUUGUGCCAAAAAUAAUGGAGGUUGCUCGCAUUUAUGUUUGAAUCGGCCUCAUGAUUACACAUGUGCAUGUCAAAUUGGUCAUGAACUGGGCAAGGAUAAUAAAACAUGCGUUAUACCCGAGGUUUUUUUAUUAUUCGCUCGGAAAGAAAACAUAGGACGAAUUAGUAUUGAAAAUGGAAAUACGGAUAUUAUACCGGUGACAGGAGUGAAAAAUCCAAAAUCACUUGAUUUUGAUAUCGAAAAUAAUCGAAUUUAUUGGACUGAUAUCAAGUCACAUUCGAUUUCACGUGCGUAUUUAAAUGGCUCAGAUGUUCAAAAAGUUUUAGAAUUAGGUGUUGGAUCUCCAGAAGGUAUGGCCGUCGAUUGGGUUGCCCAUAACGUUUAUUGGACCAAUGCCGAAGCGAGACGGAUAGAAGUUGCAAGAUUAGAUGGAUCAAGUCGCCGAACUUUAGUUUGGAAAGAUUUAGACACACCGACGACCAUUGUUGUGGAUCCAGGCAGAGGAUUCAUUUAUUGGUCAGAACAAGGUGAAGCAAAUCGAAUAACUCGAGCUUCAAUGGACGGAACACAACGUAAAAUAAUAAUUCAUCAAGCAGGCAACGUCCAAGGCAUGGCUUUAGAUUAUGAAUCAGAAAGAAUUUUUUGGGGUGAUCGUACAUCACAAUCCAUUAAAAGUUCAGAUUUCAUGGGACGUGAUGAGCGUACAAUUGUAUCACAGGAUGUUCUUGAUCCAUUUGGCUUAACAUUGUAUAAAGAGAAAAUUUUUUGGUCAGAUCGAAUCACGAAAGAUGUAGAAGGUGCAAAUAAGUAUGAUGGAACGAAUCGAAGUAAAAUUGUAAAUCAUAUCGAACGUGUUGAUGAUUUAUUAAUAUACCAUUCGUCACGACAAACCCAAUGGAAUACAUGUGCAGUAAAUAACGGGGAUUGUAAGCAUUUGUGUUUUGCGGUACCAUCUGGAGCGGGAAAACCUAGUUUGAAACAUGAAUGUGGAUGUCCUACACAUUAUAAAAUUGAUCCAAAUAAUAAUUCUUGCAUAGCUCCUGAAGAAUAUUUGAUAUUCAGCCAAAAAAAUAUGAUGAGUCGAUUAUUACCAGAUACUUUGGAUUGUCCAGAUGCUGUAUUACCAUUUCAAGCUAAAUUAAUUACCGCUAUUGAAUAUGAUCCUGUAACUCAGUUUUUCUAUUGGAUUGAAGGGAAAUUUAAAACAAUUCGACGUACAUUAGACGAUGGAACGCAUGCUUCCACAGUAGUACGUGAUGGGCUUCAACCUUUCGAUUUAGCAUUGGAUCCAAUUGGUCGACUACUAUUUUGGUCUGAUGAAAAAGACGACUUGAUAAAUGUGACUCGAUUAAAUAAUGGCUCGGCCGUUGGCGUUGUGGUGAAAGCAAAUGGUGUGAAGCCUAGACAUAUUGCUGUGCAUCCAACAAAACGUUUAUUAUUUUGGAUAGAUGUUGGUGAAUUAGAACAAGUUUGUCGUGCACGAAUUGAUGGUUCUGAGCAACGUGCAUUAGCGAAAGGAUUAGUUGGACCAACUGCAUUAACUGUGGAUCCAGUUUCAGAUCGAGUAUAUUGGUCAUUGGAUAAAAUGAUUUAUAUUUCAGAUUUAAAUGGAACCAAUAUUCGAAAAUUAUAUUCAUCACCAAAAAUUCAAAUUACUGGAUUAGCUGUUCUUGGAAGCUAUAUUUAUUGGAUCGAUUCAGAAAAACAACAAAUUGAACGUGCUGAUAAAUUAUCUGGACAAUAUUUAGGCUCGAUUCUUUCACAAAAAUCACAACAUUUAACCGAUUUAAUUGCUGUUCGUCCAGUAUCUCGUGAAGUUUAUGAAAAUCAUACAUGCUCAAUAAAAAAUGCGAAUGGAAAAUGCUCUCACUUGUGUAUUUGGAGUCCCGAUAAUCGAGAAGAAGUUUGUGCAUGUCCACCACCUUUAAUUUUACAUGUAAACAAACAGACAUGUUUAGCAAAACAUGAUUGUGGAGCAGAAUACUUUACGUGUGCUGGUCCGCAACCGUCAAGUAAAGAAUGUAUACCAGCCACUUGGCGCUGUGAUGGCCAAAGUGAUUGUCCUGACGAUUCUGACGAACAUGGUUGUCCAGAUUGUGAGGAAAAUCAAUUUAAAUGCCAAUCUGGGCAGUGUAUUGACAAGAUGUGGGUUUGUGAUGGUACAACUCAUUGCCCUGAUGGUAACGACGAAGCGCGAUGUUGUGAUAAAGUAAGCGAUUUUCAAUGUCCAUCAAAUGGUGUCUGUAUUUCAGUGAAUAAAUUAUGUGAUGGUUGGGAGAACUGUGCGGAUGGAGCUGACGAAUCAGAAGCUUUAUGUUCAAAUCAUGAUUAUCGAAAGACAGAAAGUAUUUCUAAUUCGGGUAACAAUGUUGUAUAUAUAAUUGCGAUAAUCGUUGGAAUUGUAUCGUUAAGUUUAUUAAUGUUGUUAAUUUAUCAUUGCCAUAUAAAAUUAUCAAAACCACAUCAACUACCUUACGAUCAAGCAAUGGACCCUUUGAGUCCACCGGGUCAUUCAGUAUCCAAAACUGAUAUUCAUUCAAGUAAAAAAAGUCGUCAAACUACACAAACAUCAAGUGGUGUACGCAUGUCAAUGUUAAGUGGAAGUUUAACCUCGAAUUAUGAUCGAAGUCAUAUUACAGGCGCAUCAAGUAGUACAAAUGGUUCCGGGUGCUAUCCACGGGAAACAUUAAAUCCGCCUCCUAGUCCUGCAACCACAGCUGUAUCCACGCGUGCUGAUAGUUCUGUAUCGCGAUAUCGUCCUUAUAGACAUUAUCGUACAAUUAAUCAACCUCCUCCGCCGACACCUUGUUCUACGGAUGUUUGUGAUGAAAGUGAUUCAAAUUAUCAUAUUCGUGGAAGAUAUGAACCAUUUCCUCCACCUCCAACUCCUAGAUCACAUUGUCAUACAGAGAGUUGUCCACCCUCACCUAGUUCUAGAUCAUCUACUAAUUUUAGUCCAUUUCCUCCACCUCCUUCACCUGUACCUUCGCCGCCUAGGGGCUACGAUUCAUAGUAAAUUUUAUUUUAAUACAUUGAUUCAUACGAUAUACGAGGUGUCAAAAUCAAAUGGGGUCACGUUCUUAUGAAUCAAUGUAUUUAGUGCAAUCAUUCAGAGAAUUAAGAUUGAUUUAAGCUUAACGAAACGUCAACGUCAGGAGAGCAAUAUAGAAACUGUAUCAUUAAUGUUGCAAAAAAAUUAAUUUAAGAUUCCUUGCACAAAAUUAAGAAAAAAAACUUUAUGUAAGCAUAAUUUUCUUUAUGAUAUAUAACCAUAAACUUUUUUUCUUAUUUUUGUGAAAAGACAUCUCAAAUUAAAUUUAAAUUAUUUCACCACAUUUUUAUUUAAGUUAACCAUGCGUACAUUUCUUUGCUGUUGAUGGUUCGCGAAGUUUGAACCGACCUUUAAGUAGUUUAUUUUAGUGAACAAUUUUUUUAGAGUUGAAAUCAAUUUUUAAUCGUUUUAUGUGUUCAAAGAUUUUGGCAUUUUUUAUUUACCAAACCUUGCAAUAUUAUAACAGUAAGUUUUUAGUUUUAAAUCGUGUGCGAUAAAUAUUAUUUUAUAUUUUUAAUACAAUGAUCAAUUAAAAUGAUGACAAACUAACUUACCAGGGUCGAAAAACAAGACUAUAUAUUUAUGAUUUUACAGAAAAUGGUGUAACAACAAAUUACUUAACUGUUAAUUUUUGGAUUCAAUGUAUCACACGAAAAAUAUAGAGUAUUAUGGUUUUAUGUUUUGCUCCUAAUACCGUAUUUACCUAUUAGGGUUUUUUUUUUGAAAAAUUCCGUACCUCAAGAGUAAUUUGAGACAACAUGGUGGCAUUUGAUACUUAAUACUAUCUCUGAGUGAUCAUUUUGUCGUGAUUUACCGGUAUAAAUAUGUAUUAUUGAACGUUAAAAUUUUUUAUUAUCGUUAAUCAACGUUAUUGUACAAUUCGAGAUAUGUGAUCGUAAAGGAAAGUUUGAACAUGGUCAUUCUCAGAAUUUUUCUGCUUUAUGUUUAGAAUCCAAAAAUUAAAAAUAAUCAUAUUUGU